UCCCAUUCACAGGUGGUGAAUGACAAUUUGUACGUAAUUGGUACCUAUGAUAAUAUUUUAUUGAUACAAUUAAUAUUAAUAAGUAUACAGAGUUGUUAUUCUGAUGGCACGGUUUAAGUUUAUUUGAAAUACGCGUAUUAUUCAACGUCCAAUAGAUUUUUGGCAAUCACAACAUUUUAAAUUCAAUACAUUGAUAAUUAGACCGUUUACCACCUAAAGGGUAUUGCAGACACAUUAACAAUUAAUUUCAAUUUUUUUAUUUUAAGAUCACAGAUGUCACAGACCGGUUACAAAGAAUUGUGAUGCUUCAGAGUCUUAUAUAAGUGGCUGGAAAUUUACCGGAUGGUACUUUGACACGGUGAUGGGAUCGUGCCGACCUUUGUUUACGAAGAAUGGCUGGCACAUUUGCACUGAAAACUAUGAUCUGCCCUAUACCAGAGAAUCGUGCGAAAAUUUAUGCGCUGACCCGUGUACCAUGACCACCGGUGCUCCGGGCAUUUGCAUCUACAAUGAAAUAUGCAUGAUGUAUAAUUUUAAGCCCCCCUUUUACAGACCAUGCAAGGGUAACAACUUGAAUUGCUGUCCCAUGAUACCCGACAGAGACUUGAAAUCAUUCGGAGGGCUUCAAUAUGAAAGGGAUGGGAUCGUCCAAGUUGGAGUAAUUAGAGACAUAAAAAAUCCAGCGUAUCCACCCGAUGCAUACACUUACUUAUACUAUCUCCCUAGUCAUUUUAGUAAGGAUGGCAAAAACUACUAUUAGUGGCCUGUACCAAGUGGUACCUAUUCGCAACGACAGUAUUGUUAUUUUUUGUAAAAAAUAAUAACUAGCCUUUUUUCUCUAGUUAAUAUUAUUAAUAUCAAUUUUUAUAAUCUUAUACUAUUAAUUACACUUUAUAUAGGUAAUAUAUAUAUACACUUCACACAUAGGAUACUAUUAUUACACUUAACAUCGCCUAAUAGGUUUCUAUUCAUUCACGACCAUUCUGGAGACCUAGACGAGUGGACGGCCGAUAGUUUCCGUUGUUAUAGCUGGCUAUCGUAACACGAACGGACCAGAAAUAAAAAUAAAACAAAAUCAUUGACCAUUUUUUACGCCAAUUUGCGGUUUUUCCAAAAUAUAAAUAUUAUCACUGAAUAUUGUGAACUUGUUCCGUUUUCCCCCGUAUCCAUAAAAGUAUUUUGAAAACGUCGAAUUGUAUUGCCACAAAAUGCCAAUAUAUAAAGUUGGCACUUCACUGAAUAAAAUAAUACAAUACCUACAUACUUACCGCGUGACUUAAUACACAUAGUUAACACAUUGCGUUUCUUUAUAAUCCAUUUAAUUUGCCUUUUAAAUUGUAUUGUUAUUGAUAUAUUGUACCUAUCGUACGAAAGUUAAUUAUUGUUCAAAGGCCAUAGCGUUCGGGCGUUCUGUCGUAUAAUAUUAAACUUAGGUGAAGUCCUCACAAUAGGUGACGUUACAGUAUUUAUUACUCAGCUAAUUUUUCCUAAGCGUUCAUAUUAUAUUACCUAUGUAUUUUUAUUUUUCAUUAUUUAACUUAUAAUUAUUCCAUUCAACAAAAUAUUGUACUUUUUAACGUAUAUAAUUAUUAAUCGUUUAUACCACUGUUCAACAUAAGUAUUCUUUACAUGUAUCUUGUAUGUAUUUUUGUUGAAAUUUUAUCAUAA